AUGUCGGGUGGAUUUUUGAGCUCCAUUAAUGAGAUGGCAUCUUCAGUAUGUGCAACUGUUAGGAGUCACAAGUCCAACCAUGGAAAUGAAACCUCUGUUGACACGGGAAAUAAUGGUAGUACUGGGGGUACGUCCACAGAAAGCACAGCUGAUACUCAUCAAGCUGUUAAUCUCUCCUCAGUUGAUUUCAAUGGAGUUUGGUGCCACACCAUAGAAAAGCAAAACUUUGUGUCUCCUCCUCCAGUUGCUAUUCUACCUGCCGGAAUAGGGAAUGAUCUGGCUAGAGUUUUCUACUAA